AGUUCGGGAUCCAUCGGUGUGAAGGAAAAAAUGGUUUUUCUUUUCAUACAAUGCGUAUUGGAACCGUCCGUGCAUUCUAAUUGAUAAAGCUGUGACCUUAGAUGUUUCGUUUACACUAUUUCGUGUAUAGAACACUUUUUAAAUGAUGUUUUCAAUGGGGAAAUGUUCAGACCGUAGUAGGUCGGGUACUGAAUCGGAGGCCGGUGGUUUGGUGAAGACGUCUCUGCCUUCGGACGAGGUAGCGUCUGCGGUAGCAGCGGUGUCUGACGAGAUUGGUGAUAUCUUGAAGGAUGAGUUAGGGGAAGCUGAGCUUGCAGACCUCAACGCGGAGUUCGAUCUCCUCGUGGAAUUGGCAGACGCACCGCAAGAAGACUUUCAAUCUCUGUUCGAGAUCGCUAUUGGUCACCGCGCCUCUGGCAGUGGUUCAUCCUCAUCAUCAUGGUCGGGAGCCAGGGGCGGGAGGUCGAGACGGCCGCACCGUCCGCAGCGUGUGUCGCGGAGACGUCCUAUCGCUAAGGGAAAAGAAAUGUGCCGGCGGCGCAGCGCGGUGGCGCGGCGGGCGGCGUCGCUGCGCGUGCGGCGCGUGGAGGUGGUGUCCGACGCGUCCGACGUGGGCGCCGACUCCGACUCCGACGACCAGUGGACCGAGCUCGACAACUCUGGCAGCACAGAUACCUCUUCAGGCAAAGAAAUGGGCGGCUUGGAUGUUGACUGUCCGUCAUAUCAGCAUAAGGGAUCCCAGGUGGAACCUCCGGCGAUGGGCCAAUUCCUGUUGCCGCUUCUCAGUGCUGAUCCGACCGCUCCAGAUCCUGAGCACUUUCUGAUCCGACACGAGGAUAUACUGCAGCUUCUUGCCUCUGCAGAGGACAGUGUCCGGGACGAUAUGCCUCUCGAAGAUGACGCAGCUAUGGACUCGGCGCCUGACAUGUUGAGCGGUGAUAUAUAUGACUGCGAGGAGCCAGUCGUGACGCCGGAAGACGAGGCAGCGCUUUUGCAUUUCGUUUGUGAAGCUGAGCAAGCGAUUAACUCAAAGGAGAUACCAUUCAAGCCCGUUGAGGAAUGGUUGUUAGGCGUUUAUCAUUCUUGGUGUGAAAUAAGUGCACUGAUGUACACACUUAUCGGGACCAAUAUGAGCGUGGAUAUGGUGAAGUCGGACUGGUCGUAUCGAGCGCGCUUCGGCUGCCACUGCCGGCUGUGCCUGUCGCUGGCCAACAACGCGUCAGCGCUGCACCGCUUCCUCGCAGCGCUGCUCGCCGACCUCGCGCACGGUGGUAACACGGCGUCCAUUGGUGCGAACAUAGUUCGAGCGCUCCGUCUCACUCCGGGCAGGGAUAGUCGGCCAGCGGACUGGGAUCUCCAGAGGCUACAGCGCGUCAAAGUUUGCGACGACGGUGCCUCAAUUAUUCAGAAUCAUCUAAUAAGGUUAGCGCGAGAGAAUGAAGUGGCUGAUCAGAUCGUCAACAGCAUCUGUCUGUGUCGAGUCUACGAACGACCGUUUGAUAAGCAAUAUGCAAUGGAGAGGUUGUGCAAGUUGUUGGAUAAUUUUAAGAGCGCUUCAUCUAUUACUUUUAAGGUCGAGAUGGUUCCAGAGGAGGGCUCGGGAGACUCGGGCGCGGCGCAGGCUGCGUGGAGCGAGGCGGCGCGGGCCAGGCUGGCGCGCUGCCUGGCGCCGCACCAGCGACGGUCCACCAGCGAGCGCCUCGCGCACAUGGCCGCGCGCACCGCGCCGCACGACCUGAGCGCGUGGUCCGGCUACAAGCAUCGCUGCGACUGUCUCACGCCGAGGACUCUGUGCGCUCAACAACGAAAGCAGCUGCUGAGAAUAUCAUUCUUCGGUAUGAUGCAAGCUGUGAACGAGUUCAACGGGACUAAGGAUUUGUUGGAUAAGGCGAUAGAUUCGAAGCCUGAUAGUUCAAGCAGGGAGUUGCAGCAAGGGGACGGAACGGGUGCCAAGCCUCCCGAUUCGUUCGACGAUCGUUUGAGCAAGUCGAACUCUGGUUUGGAUAUGAGCGACUCGAAUUUCACGGAUGACCUUGACGAUAGCUCGUCGUCGCCGUCGUCGUCGUCGGGCUCGGGCGGCGGGCGGCUGUGCCGCUCGGUGCGGCGCCUCAUGCGCUCCAUCGCCGCCAUCGAGCGCCUCAUGGACCGCGUGCUGCGCCACUGCGACCGCUGGACCGACCGCGACGCCAGACGCCGCGUGCACGCCGGUCUGUCGGAGGUGGACCGGAAGCUGAUGGCGAUGUAUCGACGUCUCCCCGAUGUGCACCGACGACAGUUGCAGCUCUAUCGGAAGCAAAAGAGAUUAUCCACGGUGUGCACGCAGCUGGUGGGCGGGCCCGCGCCCGCGCCGCCGCCGCCCGGCUCGCCGCCGCCCGCGCCCGCGCUCGCGCCGUGCCGCCUGCUGUGCCCCGAGUACCACCUGCAGCGCUUCAAGGAGGUUCGUCGCAAGGUGAUGCACAUGCGAGAUCAGCAGCUGUACUACCAUCGGCUGAGAAUGUGGCUCGAGGACCAGCUGCGACAGGAAAGGAACGGCUUACCAGAUUGCAACAUGACAGAUCUACCGAAACGGAAGCGUCGUAAUUUAAGUCCAAAAUUACAGAAAAUGGCGUCAGCUCCAAAACGGAAGUUAAAGCCUCAACUGUCUCAAGCGAUUAUCAGACCUCAUAAAAUAUUACAAAUGCUCAAAAGUAAAGUAUCCCACCAUAAUCAAGACGUAAAGUCCCCCUACAAAGAAAUAGAUAGCGCUAAAUCAGAGGCGGAACCGCCGGAAGCGUUCCCAUUAGACAAGGAAGAGAAUAUAAGCGAUACGGAAACGAUAGUAGGUGAAAGAGAGACAGGGGAUAUUUGCAAAGAAAUGAAAGAAUGUCUGGCUAAAUUCGCAAGUUUUGCUCUGAACAGUCCGGAGGGUAAUCAGAGAGAUGAAUACGAUAUGCAAACAGAAUUGGACAGUAAAUAUCCAGAGUCAGUGAGUCCACCGUUGCAAGAAAUGUCGCCGACCACUUCCGAACCGAUUCCGGUUUACGGGCAAAAAUCUCAAAGGAUCAUAGCAGUUAAUAAAAUAUUCAAUAAAGAUGACAAAGUCAUAGAUUUCCAAUCUCAAGUUCCAGAAAUGAAUGUUCCGUUAAACGCGAGAGCGCCAGCAAGGGACGCAAGUGAAACGAAAGAGACAGAGAACAACGAAGAGAAGGACGACGAUGAGGUUGACGUGUUCAAAUACGUCAUUUUCGGUUUGAAAAUUAAAAAAGCAAUGGAGGAAUGUCAAAAUAUAAUCAAUUCUUAUAAUAAAGACGCGAAGAAGAGAGAUGACGAAGAACCUCCCACUCUAGAACAAAUCGUUGAAGUUAUGCUGACACUAGACAAGAAUUCUGCUGAGUUUCUGGAAAAAAUGGACGCAGACGAUCCAAUAGAUAUGAAUGCUGCUAUGUCUAAACUAUCAGAGUUAGUCGAAAACAUGCCGCAAACGUUAGCGAACAUGCCGGAAAUUGCAUCGAAAUUAUCCGAAUUCGCAAACGCUAGCACCGAACUACCGGAAUUCGCGUCCAUCAUGAACAGCUUGCCGGACGUAAAUAAUGACGCUCAGUUAACGCCGGAAACGCUGAAACAGAUACGCGAUUUGAAACUUUCCAAGCGUGACAACAUAAAAGUUACCAAAAACACUGCCAAGCGUAAAAUAAACCGUAGAUAUAAGACUGAUGAUGAUGUUUUCGAAUUUGAAGGUAUCACUGAAAUACUAAAAGACGAAAAAGAUUUGCAGAAUAUCAUGAAGAAUAAAAAUAAUAAGGACGAUUUCAAGGAUUUCCUAUUUUCUACAUCAGCUCAAGUAGUUAUUAAUAAGGCCUUCGAUUAUCUUAAGCAGAAUAAGAGUCCGGAGCUCUCGAAGUUUCUAGAAGAAGGCAAGGAGCUACUUUUUUUGCCGCGUAAUAGUUUAAAUUCUGAAAUGUAUUCGAAAGCUUCCACUUUGUUCGAUAAUUCGGUUAAGGAUGCGCUGAGUAUGACCGAGUUGAGGGAUAUAGUUAAAUCGAGGUUCAAUUCGUGGAAACACAACGUCGCCACUAAACUCAAAAGUAUACCAAUCGAUAUAUUAGAGAAUGAAAUCGAAGUUAUGUUAGAUAAAUUCUAUUCAUCCAUUCAAGAUCUCGCUUCGAAGCAAUCCAACAGCGAAAGCGAUAAGAUAAUUGAAAAGAUAGACGAACUCAACAGGAACAAUGAUGAUUCAGAUAACGAAGGCUGUUCAGCUUCGAAGGAAACAUUAAAACAAAUAACUAAAUUACUAAGCACUUUCGCUGGCAACACUCUGGAUCUACUAAUAGUUAAAUUGUCCAAAAUGUCAGAUGAUAAAAAAUCCGCUGUGAAGAGUCUCAAAUUUAAAUACUUGGAUGUAGUCAGACGUUGCGCUGAAUCACAGCAGUUAGUUACCUGGAUAUUUCUAGAUCCAGAAAUAGCUAUAAAUGUUAUACAGGAAUUGACAGGGUUAGAAGUAAGGAAGUUGGACAAUGCGCCUGAUUUUUCGACGAUGGCCAGUGAUAGGAAGAUAGAUUAUUUCAUGAAUCGCUUGAAGGAAACGAAUCGACAGUACAUGGAGACAUUACCCAAGAGAGGUUUGACUGGUGACGAAUGGCUUGUGAUGCUGUACAGAUUAGAACAAUUGGAGGACAUGUUGAGGGAAUCGUUUUCUAAAAUGGGACCACCCACCAAAGUCGUGCAAACGCAAGCCAGCGAAGCGGAGAUCCUAGCAGCACGGGGUCUGAGUAAAAUUAUCGGCAAAGCGAACGUUCGAAUCGUCAAGAAGACGAACCAAGAAGCGCCGAAACCUGUUAAGAAAGAAGAAAUACCGCCCAAUAACGAGGAAGACGAUAAGAAAUGCAAAAGUUACGCUUUGUUAGCGAAAUGCGAAGCGGUGCUAACGUCAAAGGGCGAAAAAUCACUCUUAGAUAGUUUCAACGCUAUCAAGUCAUACAUAACACAAGGCCUUCCCGUCCCGGAAACUCACAAGAAACACGUUAUCACGAUUUGCUCAAGCAUCGACGCUAAAUUACUAGACAUUGAGGAAACGCUUAAAUCGGACAAAGUAGAAACUGAUUUGAAAGACAAAAGCGAUCUUUCGCUAAUCGAUUCGGACACGGAAUUAGUCGCGAAAUAUUCAGCCCAAGCGCUGAGAAAUGUGAAGCAGACGUUGAACGCGGUCGCCUUCAGGAACAUCUCGAGGAACGGCCAGACGAAGUCGGAGAGCGACGUGUGUGAUACGCCAAAGAACAGCUGCAAGUGGACGAACGACUGCGUCUGCGACGCGUGCAAGGAUUCGGACGUGUCGUCCGUUUGCUUGGGCGAUAUUGUGAAGUGCUACGAUGACAAAAGCAAGAACGUUCUAGAUGAUAAGAAGAGGGAGAAGAAGGUGGUACAGAAGACGAAACAGCCGGCGAAGGCCUGCGAGAAUGGGAACCAUCAGCAGCAUGUGUGUAAAGUUGGCCACGGAAGCUGUGCUGGCGAAGGCCCUGCUGACCAGCCCUGCAACUGCUGCUACUGCACCGUGUUCGGCCAUGCGCCGCCGUUAACAACACCGGUGCCGCGUAAUUUCAACGAGACGAGGGAAAGAUUACGGUCUAUAUUAAAUAAGAAGAAGCAGAAAUGUAAAACGAAUGGAGAAUUGGAAUCUACCCCAGAGCGGUCGCCUCCGCAGCUCCCGUCGGCUCCGCAAACUCCUCAAACCCCGCUGACCCCGCAACAAUCUUCAACACCCCCAGCUCUCCCCAAGACUCUUCCACCGACGCUCACACCUGCGCAGGCGCAGCAGAAACGACAGGCGAUCGAGAAUCAACAGAAGCAACUAGCUGAUAAAAUGGCGAAGAUGGUAGUGACUGAGAAACCAGAAAUCAAACCAAAGUUGCAGGCACUCCAGCGCUCAAUACCCGUCCAGGUGAAUUUGCAGGCGGCGUUGAAAGCUGAGGGUAAAGUGAAUGCUAGCGCGAUGGAACAGAUCCGAUUGCAGCAUUAUAAACAGCAGCAGCAGGCUCAAAUGCAACAGCAGAUGCAACAACAGCAAGCCCAGCAGCAGCAAGGACAACAACAGCAGCAACAACAACAAAAUAAACCUGAACCCAUAUAUGACUUGCCGAUACACAACAAACCAACUCUAACGCCUGAACAGCAACAACAAAUUAGGGAUCAACAGCAAGAAAGACACGACGCAUUGGUCCGACAACAUCAGAUGCAAAUUCAUAAACAGCACCACCUGCAGAUACAGAAGGAAUACCAGAUGAGACAACAGCAAAAACAAAUACUAAAACACCAACAGCAACAGCAGCAGCAGCAGCAGCAGCAACAGCAGCAGCAGCAGCAGCAGCAGCAACAACAGAAGCAGCAACAACAACAGCAGCAGCAGCAACAACAACAGCAGCAGCAGCAGCAGCAGCAGCAGCUGUUACUGCAGCAACAACAGAAGCAGCAGCAACAACAACAACUACAGCAGCAGCAGCAAAUGCGACAAAGUCGACAGCAACAGAACACGGCUUCAAUAUCAAGUAGAGAUACUAGCGUGUUCUCAACUAGCUCCGGUUGUUCUGGUGGAUCGUGUUGGCGGGGUCGCGGUGGUUGCAAUAACAGAGCGGAAGACCCUCGAGAUCUAGACGCGCUCCUGCAGUACAUCGAGGGUCCAGCGAGGCACGUGGACAGGGGGAAGAAACGAGCCAAGAAACAGCGGCAGAAAGCCAAGAAGACGGAGUCCCGGCUGGAGAGCCAGCUGGAGCAGCUGCGGCGCGAGCUGAGCGGCGCGCGCGCCACGCACGGCGCGCUGCACGCCGCGCACGGCGCCGCCGCGCGGGACCUGCACGCCGCGCGCGCCGCGCUCGCCGCGCUCGCCGGCCGCAAGAAAGGCAAAAAGCAGAAAUUAAAUCCGGCUCAGCAGGCGAAGAUGCAACUGGUAGCGGAGAAGCUCGGUGACUGUACCGCUCUCUUCAAUACCACAGCCAAGGAGCUGCAAAUAGCGGAGCGACGCGUGGUGGAUCUCUCCAACCGGCUGAACGAGUGCCAGCGCAACCUGGCCGAGGCGCGCGCGCUGCAGGGGAAGGAGGUCGAGGUCGACGUGCGCCAGCGACCGCGAGAGAUAGAACCGGAAAUCGAAUCGAUACAUCGAGCCAUACCCGCCACAAUUUCCGACGAGCUCACCGUAUUGAAAAUGUCUGAAACUCCUCGAAGUCAAGCGCAGAAACAGACGGAAAGUCAAAAGAAACAAUCGUGGGAGCAAGCAAUUGCGCACAUCAACCAACUAGCUAAGGGAUCCAUGAAAGAGAAGAAGAGGCAGAAAGAACCGCAACCGCAAACACAGCCGCAGCCGCAGCCGCAGCCGAAAUCGGAAGCGAGACCCAAGGAGAAAAAAGUUACACCGCCGGUUGUCGAACCCCAACCUAUGUCGAAUAAACAGAGGAAAUUGUUAGCUAGGCAACAGGCAGAGGAGGAGGAGAAAAAGAAACAGCAACAACAAGAAGCGAAGGUCAAGAAAGAGAAGAAACCGGAACCACUGAAAGUAGAAAACACUAAGAAGGAAAAGAAAGAUACAAAGAAGGAAGAGCCGAAGAAGAAGAAAGAAGAAAAGAAAGACGUUAAGAAAGAAGAUAAGAAGGGUAAAGAGAAUAAACAGGAAGUGAAAGCAACACCAUCAGCUAAAACGAAAGCCACCCAACAGCAACAGCAACAACAACAGCAGCAACAGCAAUCAAAAAAGGAAAAGAAGAAGGAAGGUCAAGUUAAACCUCAAGUUAUAAAUAUAACCCCGGACACGACAUUAGAGAUUGUAACUAAAAAGAACCAAAGUGCAAAUGAGCCGGAGAAGCCAGCAUCUUGCAGCAUUAUGGAGCAACUUAGUAGCGGCGUACAAGUUGCGGAUCUCAAACUACCGCCCGGUAUUACGUUGACACGUGUUCAACCGAACGAAAAGAAGGAAGCGCCCGUCAUUAAGUCUGUCCCGCUGUGGGCGCACAGCGCGCUGCCGAGCGCGCCCACGCCGGCGCCGCGCGCGCCGCCCGUCAUCGCGGCCGACCCCGCGCGCCUGCUGUUCUCCGCGCACGCGCCCCGCGAACCACCAAAAACGAUAAUCAUACCGGAGCAACCGCCCCAGCCGACUGGGAAAUCGAAAAAGGCAAAGAAGAAGGCUAAAAAAGCCGCAGCGGAAGCGAAUGACCAAAAACACGAGGGUGCCAAAAUGGUCACCCUACGCAACCCCAUGUUCCAUCCCAAUCUGCCCCCUGUUCAGAUUGCGAACCCUGCUCAAAAUAAGGCUGAAAUACGGAUCCCCGAUCCCAUCCCGAUGCCGCCCGCCCCCUGCCAGGCCACUAUCACCCCCACCUCCAACGGGAUGUACACCAUACGGAACCCGUUAAUGUCGAUGAUGCACCAGCAGAACCUGAUGGGUAUCAGAAGUCAGAAUCCCCAAAUGGCGCCUGCCUUCAACCAACCCCAGUACAACUACGUCAAUCCGAACGUGUACACGCCUCAGGCGUACGUGGAGCCCGCACGAAACUCCCCCAAAAUACCAGAAAACGAUUUCCAGCACCGCAUCAUGAAUUUGGCGUCGUUUACUCAAAAGAACGACGAAGGGUACUCCCUUUUUAAAACUCCGGACGAAAAUCCGCAAAAGAGUUUUCUAACGCCCGAAUAUUUCGACGAUCAGGCCCCCAAAGUCGUGUCACCGAAUCCGAUAGGCACCAGACCGGACCACAAUCGGAACUACGAAAACGAUUCCCUGUUCGCGAAUCCGAUCCAGCGGCCGGAGCCAAUCGGCACCCCCCUAAAAAAAGACGACGAGAAACAGUACAGUGGGCUGUACACCCCCUUCGGGCACGAGGACCGGAACGUCUUCAGAAACGCGCUGUUCAACGACAAGCAAGAACCGAACGCGCAUUCAAAAGUCGACGACUCCAGUCCCUACGUGAACGGAGAACUGCCGUACUUCCAGAGACUACGGGCUGGCUCGAAGCUGAACAACGAAGUGACGAUACACUACGUCACGGACUCGAAGUUCUACAAAGGGCAGGAGGCGUGCGUGCGCGACGAGUCGCUGUUCUCCCGCCCGCAGCCGCGCGCGUGGCCCGACCCGCACAGCCACAGUGUCCAAUCGUCUGUGAGUUCGAUGACGUGCGAGAGUGCCUGCGACAGCGGCGGGACUUCGCCCCCACAACACAGACCUGAAUCCAGCGUUUUCCUACCAGAUCGCAGCAUCACAAAUCUAUCAUCUCUGGAAGUUUCUGAACGUGAGAUCGAAUCGUUCAAGCGUUUCGACUUCUAUUUCGAGCCGCCCCAGCACAAGCCGAAGGUCCAGCUCGACGUGCGCGACAUAGCGGCCGCGCUGAGACACAACCAGAAAUAGGAAAUGUCAAUAUUUACAUAAAUAUUAAGAAUAUUGUGUCCGUGUUAACAUUGAGAAGCGAAUAAAAUUAAAAACUAAAACAAUAUACAUGAAAAAUUAUCAAUACCGUAUCAGAUACGUCGUUAAAAACUGUUUAUAAAUCAAAUCCAAAAAUGUCUGAAAUAUAUCCGCAGGGAAAAUAAUUAAAUAAUUUAUACUGAGAAUACAGUUAAGUAAUCAUAAGUUAAAAUACGUACAAACGUGUAGCGGGUCAUUAAACAACGUGUCUCCUUCAUUCGAAUGUCAAAUAAAUAAUGACAGAAAGGGAGAAAAACUGUUUUACUAAAAAGCUCGUUUAAGCAUUACAAAAUAAAGAAUUGAUUAUUAUUAAUCACUUUAAGAACAACAUUUAAAAGUAACGCAAUUGAUACUCAGAUUGCAAUUAUUUUAAGAACUUGCUCGCUACAUUAAAGUUUUCUUUUCACUCAUAUAUGUAGAGAUGUGUUCAAAACAAGUAUUUAGACUUGUUUACUAUUACAAUAUAUAUAUAUAUAAAUAUGUAAAAAAAAAAUGAUUAUUAUAAAAACUACUGAAAAAUGUCUCUUAAUCGUCCAAAACUGAUAGAUUAAUUUCAAAACUUAAAACAACCAACUUCGUCUUAUAUAAUGAAUUACACCCUUAAUUCCUAUAAGGUGUAAAGGCAAUGUAUCAUAAAAUACGGCAACUUUAUGCAUUUCUAUUUAUAUAAAAUGACAAAUUAAUAGCUGAUAUUUACAUUAUUAUUAUAAAGCCUGGUAUGUCCCACUGCUGGGAAAUAGCCAGAGGUUUUCGACUUAAUUAAAAAAACUAUUCAAACAACGGCUCUAUGUAGAGAUGUUUGUUUUAUGGUAAUCUGCUUUUCAACAAACGAAAAUAGCAAUUAAAACAUUAUAUAAACAUUGUAUGAUUUGUUUUUAAGUUUUGAAAUUGACACGUAUGUAAAAAGAUAAAUAAUACUAACAAACAAAAGCAUGUUAAUACAAGACAAUUAAGUUCACGUUUGUCGUGUCACGUACUUGUAUAAUAAUAUUAUAUACUUAUCAAAACCAUCUAAACGCGCUGUAUAUUCUGGUAUAAGUUUUAUGUAUAUUGGUUUAGUAUUUUAUGUUAGUGGCUUCGGUUUGGCUUUACAAAACCAACUAAUUCUCUCAGACUCAUUUAUGAGUAUAUAUGAUCAGAUUUUGGAAUCUUCAACACUUUGAAUAACAAAUACGAUAAAUUAUAAUGAAAUUUUAUUUUGACAAAUAAAAGCAGUCGAAAUUUUCUCAAUGACUACGAAAUGUAUCGACUUAAUCAUUAUAACUGCUUAGGCAAAACGCUUAAAGUUUUGUAUAAGGAUUCUUAUAUAAUGGACUACGAAUUGUUACGCGACAUAACGACAUGGGACGAUAAAAAUUCAAAAUUAAAAUGCUUUAUUAGAGCGAUGAUUCGCUCGUUCGUGUCUUCGAGUUUUGCAAUAUUUAUUUCGUCAAUACAAUUGACUUGUAUAAAAAAUAAUGGACGUUUUCCAAAACAGCGCACUUGUUCAAUUGCAUAUGUUUUUUAUAUAAUAUUACAUAAAUAAACAUUAAAUACGAAUGUAAGUUUGAACGCUAUUCCUGUCGGAUAAAUUAAUUUUAAAAUUUCGAAAUCAAUUUCUAUUACUAAAACAAUUGUUCUAUUUAAAGCGAUAACGUUCAUUAUUUAACAAUAAGCGAAUAAGUGUGUCCCAAAAACGGAAAGUACUAGUAUUUUUAAGCGCCACUUUAUAUAUAUCAAUAGCAUGUUGAUUUGUCCGUUUGUGUAUCACAGAUCAGUGCUAAGGGUUGUAAGAUUAUGAAUAAGAAAUGUGUAUAUUAUAGCCAAAA